UAAUAUUUUGCGUCUAAAUAAUUCAAUCCGGCGCCCUAGCAGCUCAUCGUCUCUCCGAUCUCUCUUUCUGUUAGUCUUCUCGUCAAUUUCCGUCUGUCUCCGCCGUGCUUGAUGCUGGUUAUAUAGUUUGGGAUAUUUGUGAGAUAGGAGAACAAUGUCAAACUAUUCGGCAAAGGGAGCCUCUGCCAAUGGAUCCGUGUAUGUCUGUAAUUUGCCUCCUGGAACUGAUGAAGAUAUGUUAGCUGAGUUCUUUGGCACAAUUGGCUUGCUAAAGAAAGAUAAAAGAACAGGCCGGCCAAAGAUAUGGUUAUAUCGGGACAAGGUAACAGAUGAGCCCAAGGGAGAUGCUACGGUGACAUAUGAGGAUCCAUAUGCUGCACAAGCUGCUGUAGAAUGGUUCAACAAUAAGGACUUUCAUGGAACUAUAAUUGAAGUUCUGAUGGCAGAAUCUAAAAAUUCACAUAGUAUGGUUGCACCACUUGUUGAACCAAGUUUGGUUAGUGAUGUGGUACCAGAUGAAAGUACCUGGGACAUAAGCGAAGGUGGUGGCCGAGGUAGAGGUCGUGGGGAUGCUUCUGGAAAUCCUCCACCAAAAGCAUGGCAACAAGAUGGUGACUGGAUGUGCCCGAAUACAAGUUGUACGAAUGUAAACUUCGCAUUUCGUGGUGUAUGCAACCGUUGUGGAAGUGGGAGACCUGCUGGUGCAUCUGGUGGAGGAGCAGGGGGUGGUGGUCGAGGCAGGGGUCGUGGUGGCCCUGAUUCGGGAGGCGGUCGUGGAGGAGUUGGGGGUCCUACGGGACUUUUUGGUCCCAAUGAUUGGUCUUGCCCAAUGUGUGCUAACAUUAACUGGGCAAAGCGCUUAAAAUGCAACAUCUGCAACACCAAUAAACCCGGUGUUAGUGAAGGGGGUGUAAGAGGAGGACGUGCUGGUGGGUACAAAGAACUUGAUGAAGAAGAGUUAGAGGAAACAAAGCGACGUAGGCGGGAAGCUGAACAAGAUGAUGGUGAGAUGUAUGAUGAAUUUGGAAACCUCAAGAAAAAGUUUCGUGUAAAACAACAGCAAGCUGAAGUUGGCCAGGUGUUACCUGGGACUGGGCGUGCAGGCUGGGAGGUUGAGGAUCUAGGAUUAAGUGAAAGAGAGAAAAGAGAAAGAAGCAGAGACAGAGGAAGGGAUGAAAGAGAGAGUAGCAAGAACAGAGAACGUGAAGACAGAGGUAGGCGUAGGAGCAGAAGCAGAAGUCGUGACAGGGAUAGGGGUCGUGAAAGGGACAGGGAUAGGGAUUACAAUUACGACAGAGACAGAGAAUAUGGCCGGGAAAGAGGUGAGCGUGAUCGUCAUAGGUAUCAUCAUUAAUUAAUCCAAGUUGUGUUUCAUAGAUUUUUGGGACAAUGGUUCCCUUAAGGUUUCUGGGUUAGGCACUGUGAAGUACUUGUAUUCUGUCAUUCUUCUUUGGACAAACUCUUUAUUGAAUCUGUUAUGUUGAUUAUAUUUGACAAACACUUAUGACUUGAAUCGUUUUGAUUAUUGGAUGGAAUGUUUGUUA